AUGCCAGUCUCUGGUAGUGCCACUGUCCCCGUUGGGGACAGGCUGGUCACUGAUAGUGGCACCCUUGGGGACAGUGGCACCCUUGGGGACAGGCUGGUCACUGACAGUGGCACUGUUGGGGACAGUGGCACCCUUGGGGACAGUGGCACCCUUGGGGACAGGCUGGUCACUGAUAGUGGCACCGUUGGGGACAGUGGCACCGUUGGGGACAGUGGCACCCUUGGGGACAGGCUGGUCACUGACAGUGGCACCAUUGGGGACAGUGGCACCGUUGGGGACAGUGGCAUCACUGGGGACAGGCUGGUCACUGAUAGUGGCACCCUUGGGGACAGUGGCACCGUUGGGGACAGGCUGGUCACUGAUAGUGGCACCCUUGGGGACAGUGGCACCCUUGGGGACAGGCUGGUCACUGACAGUGGCACUGUUGGGGACAGUGGCACCCUUGGGGACAGGCUGGUCACUGACAGUGGCACUGUUGGGGACAGUGGCACCGUUGGGGACAGGCUGGUCACUGAUAGUGGCACCCUUGGGGACAGUGGCACCCUUGGGGACAGGCUGGUCACUGAUAGUGGCACCCUUGGGGACAGUGGCACCCUUGGGGACAGGCUGGUCACUGACAGUGGCACCGUUGGGGACAGUGGCACCCUUGGGGACAGUGGCACCGUUGGGGACAGUGGCAUCACUGGGGACAGGCUGGUCACUGAUAGUGGCACCGUUGGGGACAGGCUGGUCACUGAUAGUGGCACUGUUGGGGACAGUGGCACCAUUGGGGACAGUGGCACCGUUGGGGACAGGCUGGUCACUGAUAGUGGCACUGUUGGGGACAGUGGCACCAUUGGGGACAGUGGCACCGUUGGGGACAGGCUGGUCACUGACAGUGGCAUCACUGGGGACAGGCUGGUCACUGACAGUGGCACUGUUGGGGACAGUGGCACCGUUGGGGACAGGCUGGUCACUGAUAGUGGCACCAUUGGGGACAGUGGCACCGUUGGGGACAGGCUGGUCACCGACAGUGGCACCGUUGGGGACAGUGGCACCGUUGGGGACAGUGGCACCGUUGGGGACAGGCUGGUCACCGACAGUGGCACUCCUCCUGCCAGGGACUGUCCCUCCAGGAACAGUGACACUCCUGGUGACAUUCUGGUCACUGGCAGUGCCACUGUCCCCGUCAGGGACAGCCUAUCCAGGGGCACUGCCACCAUCGUGGACACGCCCGUCACCGCCAGUGCCACCAUCCCAGUUAGGGACAGCCCAUUCUGGACCAGUGGCCCCACUGGGGACAGCAGUGCCACUGUCCCCAUCAGGGAUUGCCCAUCCAGGGGCACUGCCACCAUCGUGGACGCGCUGGUCACCCUCAGUGGCACCGUGAUGGACAGGAGGAUCCUGGGCACUGUCACGGUCCCCGUCAAGGCCAGCCUGUCCAGGGGCACUGUCACCAUCGUGGACACGCCCGUCUUUGUCAGUGCCACCGUCCUGGUCGGGGAAUCCAUCCCCAGGGUCACUGCCACCAUCGUGGAGUCCAAGGUGGCAGGCCAUGCCAUCCUCCCCCUCGGGGACACGCUGGCUUGUGGCAGUGCCACCAUCCCUGUCAGGGGGUGCCCGUCCAGGGACGGUGCCACCACUGGGGACAGGCCUGAGAGUGACAGUGCCACUGUCACUGUUAGAGAGUGCCCGUCAAGGGGCAGCGCCACCAUCGGGGACAGGGAUGGCAGUGCCACCAUCCCUGACAGGGACUGGUCAGGAAGGGGCAAUGCCAGCCCUGGGGACAGGCCUGAGAGUGACAGUGCCACUGUCACCAUCAGGGAGUGCCCAUCCAGGGACAGUGCCAGCCCUGGGGACAGGCCUGGCAGUGCCACCACUGGGGACAGACCUGGCAGUGCCACCAUCCCUAUCAGGGAGUGCCCAUCCAGGGACAGUGCCAGCCCUGGGGACAGGCCUGGCAGUGUCACCACUGGGGACAGACCUGGCAGUGCCACCAUCCCUAUCAGGGAGUGCCCAUCCAGGGACAGUGCCAGCCCUGGGGACAGGCCUGGCAGUGUCACCACUGGGGACAGACCUGGCAGUGCCACCAUCCCUGUCAGAGAGUGCCCAUCCAGGGACAGUGCCAGCCCUGGGGACAGGCCUGGCAGUGCCACCACUGGGGACAGGCCUGGCAGUGUCACCGUGCCCUCCAGGCCCAUCACGCCCGCCCGUGUCAGUGUCAUCAGGGAUGGCAGGACGGGUGCCAGGGUGGCACCGUGGGGUCACAGCCAGGCCGGGUCCCCCCUUGGGGACACGCAGGGACAGCCCCACUGCGGGCACCGCGAGGGACACGCGAGGGCGGGCACAGGGACGGGGUCCCCUGCGCCACACCAGUAA